GCAAUCCUGCUUGGUAGCGCUUUCUUCGUGUUCAUCUGUCAUCAGAAGUCCAUAUUUCUGCCCUUGCCUGCCUCGUCAUCGACUACCGCACCACCGCGCAUGCCUGAACCCAGGCACGUGCUGUAUAGUCUCCUGCCCGUCGACUGCUCCAUGGCGCUCCUGCCUGUGACGUCAGCCUCAGCGCGGGCUAUAAAGCCUGGCCUACAACGCUUUCACUUCAGUGGGCAUGGCGAAGUGAGCAAAACAGCAAUGCUGACCAUGUCUGCUCCCUUUGCUAUCCAGAAUGCCUACACUUCAUUGGACCUGAAAGGCCCCGAAAUGCAGUGGAGAUCGUCGCAAAGUUUGAAGACUUGUCAGUGGAAAUCCUGAAUGUCAUUGCUGGUGUGACAGCCCUUGUGCAGAUAUAUUAUGCAUUUAUAGUGCAAUAUGCACCGCACAAUCAAACCACAUUUCCUGUGCUGGGACGCUUCUGCAGGCUAAAGUGUGCAUCAAUACCACCACAAGGGAAGUGGUUAAUCGCAGCUAUAGAAAAGAAACAUGGCGAACGAUUGAGGGGCCCCAAAAUUUAAAUAAAUGUUUCAUUCAUAAUCUGUA